CAUGAUUUUAUUUUGAUUUGUUUAUAUUUAUGUUCAAGUUUGUCUUUUUUUAGUCUACCGUAACCGGUUCUUAAACAUGAAAAAAAAUUAAAUAACUUUAUAAUUAUAUGUAAUUAACUAAUUACCCUAAUUACGUACACAUAACAUUAGUAUACGUGUCAGUUCAGUUUGUUUUCAAACAUAAUCGUCAUCAUAUUCUCCUUGAUAAUCGUUGCAAAACAAGUUUUUCUAGUAAUAUUUCUAGAGUAGAGUGACAUACUGAUCAUUGUUAAAGGAACUCGUGAAAAGAGUGGUUUAUUUUGUAAAGUACCUAUUAUUAUAAAAAAUAAUAAUGGCAAGUGCUCUUCGCCGUACGACUUAUCAAAUAAUAUCGAGAAAAAAAUUAUUACUGCCUCAAUCAUCUCGUCAAAAAAGUAAUGAAGCAAAUAUACUUAAAUCUGUUCAUAAAGAUUUUGAAACACAACAUCAAACUAUCAGGGAUUUUGCAUGGCACAACCUGGAUAGAUGGCCAGACAAAACUUUAACAGUAUGUGCUGUAACUGGCCAUGGCUAUACCUAUGCUCAAACAUACAGGAUGUCUAUUUCCUUUGGUGCAUCACUUAGGUCUAAAUUAAAGUUGCAGACUGAUGAUAAAGUGGCCGUUGUAUUGCCUAAUGUUCCUGAAUAUCCAUGUGUAGUAUUAGGUAUUCUUGAGGCUGGAUGUAUUGCAAGUUUAAUGAAUCCUGCAUACACACCUAAUGAAUUAAAACAUCAAUUGGGAUUAAUUGAAUGUAAAGCAGUUGUUACUUCCAAGUUGUUCUAUCCGAACAUUGUGCAAGCUCUCAAAGAAAUUAAAUUAAAUGUACCGAUCAUAUUAUUAGAUAAUGAUGUACCAGAGAAUACAAUAAAGUUUGCAGAGUUUGCUGAAGACAUGAAUAUAGACACUGAUUGCUUAAAAAGAGUAAAGAGAAGUGCAAAAGAUACAGCCAUUCUACCGUUUUCAAGUGGUACAACUGGUUUCCCUAAGGCAGUGGAACUGACUCAUGAAAAUUUGGUUACUAUGAAUGAAAUGAUAUUUGUUCCAAAAGUUAUUGGUGUUGAGGAGGCCACUGAUUCAUCCCAAGCAGUAAUACCAGCAGUAUUACCAUUUUUCCAUAUUUUCGGUUUUAACGUAAUAUUGAUAAAUCUCAUGGGCAGAGGUGCGAAGCUGGUGACCCUGGCCACAUUUAAGCCAGACAUUUUUGUUGAAAUCAUUGCAAAACACAAAGCUAAUCAUAUGUAUGUGGUUCCGCCAAUGGUGACGUUUUUGGGUAAACAUCCUUCAGUGACGCCAGAACAUCUGGAAUCCGUUCGAAGUAUUAUCUGCGGUGCGGCUCCCGUAUCCGGUACGGAUGCUGAGAUUCUACUCACUAAAAACAAAAACAUAAUUUUCAGACAAGGUUAUGGACUGACAGAAACAAGUGGCGGUAUAUCAGUAGCGAACAACACAGAUAGAGAUCAUCACGACUCAGUAGGUCAUAUAUUUGCGGGAGGGGAGGUCAAGAUAGCUGAUCUGGAGACUCAGGAGGCUUUGGGACCUGGAAAAGAAGGUGAAAUAUGGUUCCGCGGUAAAAACGUCAUGAAGGGAUAUUAUAAAAACGAGAAAGCGACUAAAGAAACGAUAACCGAAGACGGCUGGCUCAAAACUGGAGACAUUGGGAAGUACGACGAGGAGAAAUUCCUAUAUCCCACUGAUAGACUAAAGGAAUUGAUUAAAGUAAAAGGAUUCCAAGUACCACCAGCUGAAUUAGAAGCGUUGCUUCGAUCACAUCCCAAAAUCCAAGAUUGCGCUGUGAUAGGUAUACCUGAUCCAAUAUCUGGAGAAGUUCCGAAGGCUCUCGUAGUUCAAGCUGGUCAAGAUCUGAAGAAGGAAGAGGUUUUGAACUUCAUAAAUAGUAAAGUUGUGGCAUUUAAGAAGGUAAAAGAUGUACAGUUUGUUGAUUCUAUACCAAAAACCACUUCGGGUAAGAUCUUGAGGAAGGAGUUAAAAGCUAUGUAUUGCUAG